AUGGCUGCAGCUGGUAGCGGCAGUUUCCAGGACGGACGUAUUGCCUCGAAGCGUCUCAUGAUGCUCGUGGCCUUACUUCUCGUCUCCUGCUGUCUCGGCUAUGGCUUCGGCGAUGAGGAUCAUGUCGAGAUGGAGGGAAUCGGCAGCAAUUGCAUGGAAAGCGAGAGGAGAGCUCUCCUCGCCAUCAAAUCUGAUAUGUACGACCCCGGCGACCGGUUCUCUUCUUGGACCGGCAAAGACUGCUGUGGGUGGAGAGGCGUGGCCUGCGACAACACCACCGGCCAUGUCACCCAGCUUGACCUCCACUACCCCUACCCAAAUGAUACGGAGGUUAUCUAUGACUCUGUCGAGUUUGAAAUCGUAGGAGCGAGCAAGGUAAAUCCAUCUUUGCAAGAACUGAAGUACUUGAAGUAUUUGGAUUUGAGCAUGAAUAACUUCUCCCACGCCCCUGUGCCUAAAAUGAUCGCUUCACUAGUCCACUUGGAAUAUCUCAACCUAUCUAAUGCCAUUUUCGAUGGUCUGAUUCCUCCUCAGCUGGGGAACCUCUCAAACCUACACUAUCUCGACCUUCAGGCAUGGAAUUAUGAUCUUCUACACGUUGACAAUCUCGAUUGGCUCUCCCGUAUUCCUUCUCUAAAAUAUCUUGAUUUGAGUUAUGUCGACCUCUCCAAGGCGACCAAUUGGUUUUAUGUAAUUAAUUCCAUUCCCACACUUGAAGUGUUGCGUUUGAGCCAUGCAGACCUGCCAUAUGUUCCAUCUCCUUUGCCCCCUUUUAAUCUAACAGCCAUUGCUACGUUGGAUCUAUCUGGGAAUUCCAACAUCACGUCUGCCAUGUUAAGAUGGCUUUCUAACGCCACCAGCCUCGAGAACCUCCUUCUUUCUGGCUGUCGGAGUCUCACUAUCGAGUCGGUACAAGUUGCUCUCGGAGCUCUCCUUAAUCUGAAGGAAUUGGAUUUAUCAGACAACUCCCUUAAAGGAGAAAUUCUUGAAAUUCUGAACAAUGUCAGUAGCAGCAGUGGCCUGAAGCACUUGGAUUUGAGAUGGAAUCAAUUAUCUGGAGAUAUUCCUCCAGGGAGCCUUAGAGACCUGGAGUACCUAGACUUAUCAUGGAAUUUUAAUGUCGACGUGCAUAUCUUAGCUUCUCUGGGGAAUCUCACAAACUUGCGACAUUUAGACUUGGGGGGCAAUUCAAUCAGUGGAGAAAUUCCACCAAUCGUGGGAGAUUCUGUCCGAUUGGAGUACCUAGAUUUGUCCUCUAAUGGCAUCAUUGGAAAAAUACCACAGGCCAUCGGCAACCUCACUAAUUUGGUAUACUUAGAUUUAUCACGGAACAAUAUUAUCGGAUGCCUUCCAAAGACUUUGCGUACUCUCAUCCAUAUGGAGGAAUUAAAUUUGUUUAACAAUAGUAUCUCUGGACAAAUACCAGAAACCAUUGGGGAUCUUCAAAAUCUACGGAUAUUAAUUUUAAGCAAUAACCAUAUUUCUGGGCAGAUACCAAAGAAGAUCGGUAAACUCCAUCGCUUGCAAUACUUGGACAUGUCAUAUAACAACUUAUCAGGUCAGAUACCAACGACAUUGGGUGAUUUAUGCAAUUUGACCCUGUUAGAUUUGUCUCGCAAUAACAUUGAUGGAGAGCUUAUAAAUCUAUUCUAUGGUUUGUCUGCUUGUUCACAAGGAGCAUCUAUAUCAUUCUUAGUCCUGAAGGGUAACAAUUUGAACGGGAUUAUUCCUUUAAGAAUGGGCCAAUUAUCUCGGUUACAUGAGGUAGACCUCUCCUCAAAUUCGCUCACAGGAAAAAUACCAACGAGUGGUCAAUUGUCGACCUUUGACUCAUGGACAUAUGUGGGUAACAAAGACCUUUGCGGUACGCCACUGCCAGCUUGCCCUGUUUAUCGAACUCCACCUGAUGUCAGAGUUAAAGAUGAUGAACAGCUUGAAAGGUUAUUGGAGUACACCAGUAUUGUGGUUGGAUUUGUGGUUGGCUUUUGGCUGUUUAUCGGCACGCUCGUCAUGAAGCAGGCCAUCAGAUUCGCUUUCUUUCGAUGGAUCGACAAGGCCAGCGAUUGCAUCUAUGUUCAGUUUGCAGUAAAGCUUGCGAGGCUCAAAUCCAAAUGGCAAACGAUGACAUGA